AUGGCCGCCGAACUCUCCCCCGAACAGCAGCAGCAGGCCGACCAGGAGCUCAAGGCCAAGGAGGCCUUUGAGCAGGCCCAGCUGCCCUACAAGUGGUCCCAGACAAUUCAGGAUGUCGAUGUUUCCAUCCCCAUCCCCGCCAACCUGAAGGCCCGCGACCUCGACAUUGUGCUCGAGAAGACCAAGCUCAAGGUCGCUGUCAAGGGCCAGCCCCCCCUCAUCGAGGGCGACCUUCCCCACCCCAUCCACAAGGACGAGUCUACCUGGACCCUCGAGAGCGUAGGCAAGGACGGCAAGGAGGUUAGCGUCCACCUGGACAAGGUCAACAAGAUGGAAUGGUGGCCCCACGUCGUCACUGGCGCGCCCAAGAUCGACACGUCCAAGAUCACGCCCGAAAACAGCAAGUUGAGCGAUCUUGACGGCGCGACCAGGAGCAUGGUCGAGAAGAUGAUGUACGACCAGCGCCAGAAGGAGAUGGGUCAGCCGACGAGCGACGAUCAGAAGAAAGCGGAAAUCCUGAAGCAAUUCCAGGAGCAACACCCCGAGAUGGACUUCUCCCAAGCCAAGAUGGGCAUGUGA